UCAAAGUUUUGACAACGCAAUUGAUCAAGAAAUUCGAGGAAAAGUGUUCAAAUCCCAUAAUAUAAAAAAGAUUGUUUAUUAUCUUUACAAACUUACCGUGAACUUAUAUAUUAUUUCAUUUCAAAUUAAUAACAUUUUAAAUCAAAGUGUGGCCAUCGCCGACUGAUUAACCUAAAAAAGCAAAAAUAAAAUGUAGAAAUACUCAAGAGAGCAGAAGAUCGUCACAGUGAGCAAAAUGCAACAGUUCUGCUUUUCAAGUGAUAUUUAAACAUUGUGUCGAAGAAUUAAAAUAAUAAUAACUUUAACAAAUAUUUACAAAUAAUUUUUAAUUGUUUUAUUUAUAUUGUAUAUUGUAUCGUGUGUAUCGUGUAUAUUGUGUAUAUUAGUUUUUGCUAUACUAUUUCUAUUCGAAUAAUUUAAUUAUUGUGUAAUGAGCAAAAUAUAGUUCAACAUGAAUGGAUGGAUCCUCCAAUGAGAUUCUGGAAAUUUAAGAAUUUUUGAAGCGAAUUUAUGUAAUUCAUAAAAACUUAUUUCUGUAAAAUUAUACACACAUAUUUUUUCGGCGUGAAGUGCAAUAAGAGUUAUUCUACGCAAAAAUGGUGGUGCAUACUGUAAGUUUCGGUAGCGUUGCUGAGCUAAUACAAACUUCCUUGAAUGCGUAUUUGCUUUGAUCGGCUGUGCUUCACAACAAAGAAGCCAGCUAGUACAGAUAACGAAAAACCAUCAACCAAUCCAUCAAAUACUGACUACAAAUAUUAUAAUGAAUCCUUUCAUGAGGAAAUAGUAACUUCUAAACCAUCGUCCCGAUCUUCCGCAUCACCCAGUAAAGUAAAUGAUAAUUGUAUUUUAAGUAAUAAUUCGUCUCAAAGCACAAAUACAAGCACUAAAGAUUUGACUGCAAUAGUACGGGAUUUAAAUGAUACGAGCAUAAAUCCGACUGAAGUUCCAGUAACGAGCACCAAAGAUUGGCUGUCAGUAAAAACGUUAGCAGAACCUACUACACAUUCAAACAAAACUGAAGCUGAUAACGAAAAAUCAAUUACAAGCAGCAAUUUUCCAUCAGAUACAAAUAUCAAAUAUAACAAUACUAACCACAAAACUGAUAUCGACAUACUAUAUACCAAAAACAGCUCUAAGAACAAUAAAGAGAACAUAUAUCAUAUAUACAACUUAGACACAGAUACAGAAAAACUAGAAAUUAACGCAAACGAAGAGGGACAAGAGGUAAAAAAUAUUAUACCACAAAGCUUACCCCAGCUUAAAAUUAAUGACAAUACGAAGGUAGAAGGGGACACAAUGCAGCAAGAGGCGAAUGCUAACUUUCAAUUUCAGUCCGAUCUGGGACUUGUAAACAAUAAUAAUUUGCCAACAACGGUUACCGAACUUGGCUUUAAUAAUCUUAGUAAUAAUCCAGGACCAACGUCUGUUAGUAAUCUGACAUUACCUUUGCAGCCUGCAGAUGUGCUAACGCAUACACUAAUAUAUGGAACUCUACCGAACACCGCACAACAAAUAAGCGCUGACCCGAAUUUACAAGCGAGGAACAUACUUCACCAACAGGAGUUACAGCUUCAACAGCGUUACCAACAACUUCAGCAUCAAGCGCAAACACAGGGCUUAUUCGCCACCGGAUCACCUACAGUCGCACCGAUUGUAGUACCAGCGGCUUCUAAUGAACCAGCGCCACGUUUAUACAGUAAUCUUGCCAUAACUCAGACACCUGAUUAUUAUACAACACAACAAAAAUUGCUUAAUGAACAAAUGCAAGGACUGUGCAUAGCAAGUGUUGCCAAUGCCAGCCCCACUUCCUUGAGUGCAAAUAUAGCAUCGCCAAAUGAGGAACGCUGGUUGCAAAUUAUUCAGGCGAAGGAUCUUAAAAUUCAGGAAAUGCAACGUGCACUCCAAUACAAAGAUACUGAAAUAGCUGAAUUAAAAUCACAUCUUGAUAAAUUCCAAAGUGUGUUUCCAUUUAGUCGAAGUGGUUCAUCGACACCAGUGUCAACGGGAGCGACACGAAAAACUGGACAAGUCUUUCAAAGACAACGUGCACAGGGUAUAUCUGCGGAGCCACAAAGUGAAUCAUCAGUUCUUUUAGAGAAUAUUGCAUUUCCAAAAUAUGAUAAGGACGAAAGAUCUCGAGAAAUUAUCAAAUCAGCGAUUUUAGAUAAUGAUUUUAUGAAAAAUUUGGAUAUAACACAAAUACGAGAAAUAGUAGAUUGCAUGUAUCCUGUUAAAUAUGCGGCUAAAAGCUUAAUCAUUAAAGAAGGGGACGUUGGUAGCAUUGUGUAUGUUAUGGAAGAUGGUCGCGUUGAAGUGUCUCGGGAAGGCAAAUAUCUCUCUACUCUUACUGGUGCAAAAGUGCUAGGGGAACUAGCUAUAUUAUACAAUUGCCAACGUACUGCUACAAUAACAGCGAUAACUGAAUGUAAACUAUGGGCAAUCGAAAGACAAUGCUUUCAAACUAUAAUGAUGCGAACUGGAUUGAUACGUCAAGCCGAAUAUACAGAUUUCCUUAAGAGCGUGCCAAUUUUCAAAAACUUCCAAGAAGAUACACUUAUUAAAAUAUCCGAUGUACUUGAGGAGACUCAUUAUCAGCAAGGAGACUACAUUGUUCGACAAGGAGCGCGUGGAGAUACGUUCUUUAUUAUAUCAAAAGGCCAAGUACGUGUGACAAUCAAACAACCAGAUAAACAGGAGGAGAAGUUUAUACGUACUUUGGGAAAAGGCGACUUUUUUGGAGAGAAAGCGCUACAAGGGGAUGAUUUGCGUACAGCUAACAUUAUUUGCGAUUCGGCGGAUGGUGUUACAUGUUUAGUGAUCGAUCGGGAAACAUUUAAUCAAUUAAUUUCGAAUUUAGAUGAAAUAAAGAAUCGUUACGAUGAUGAAGGCACCCUCGAACGAAGAAGAAUUAAUGAGGAAUUCCGUGACGUUAAGUUAACAGAUUUGCGAAGAAUUGCUACUCUUGGUAUUGGAGGAUUUGGCCGUGUGGAAUUAGUUCAAAUUAAUUCUGAUAAUAGUCGUUCAUUUGCCCUAAAGCAAAUGAAAAAGUCUCAAAUAGUCGAAACUCGACAACAACAACAUAUAAUGUCCGAAAAAGAAAUUAUGGGUGAAGCAAAUAGCGAAUUUAUUGUAAAACUUUUCAAGACAUUUAAAGAUAAAAAAUAUUUAUAUAUGUUAAUGGAAAGUUGUCUUGGAGGUGAGCUUUGGACAAUUUUACGGGAUAAGGGAAAUUUCGAUGAUGCUACUACUAGAUUUUGUACGGCUUGUGUUGUAGAAGCAUUUGAUUAUUUACACUCCCGUAACAUAAUAUACAGGGAUCUAAAACCUGAGAAUCUGUUGCUCGAUGACAGAGGCUACGUUAAAUUGGUUGAUUUCGGUUUUGCUAAAAAAUUACAAUCCGGUCGGAAAACCUGGACAUUUUGCGGCACUCCCGAAUAUGUAGCACCCGAAGUAAUUCUCAACAGAGGCCAUGACAUAAGUGCUGAUUAUUGGUCGUUAGGAGUAUUAAUGUUUGAACUUUUAACGGGAACUCCACCAUUUACUGGAUCAGAUCCAAUGCGCACGUAUAAUAUAAUACUUAAAGGAAUUGAUGCCAUUGAAUUCCCACGUAAUAUCACUCGCAACGCUAGUAAUUUAAUAAAGAAAUUAUGUCGAGAUAACCCAGCAGAACGUUUAGGAUAUCAACGUGGCGGCAUAAGUGAGAUUCAAAAGCAUAAAUGGUUUGAUGGAUUUUAUUGGUGGGGUUUACAAAAUUGCAGGCUUGAACCACCAAUUAAGCCGACAGUGAAAAGCGUGAUAGAUACGACUAACUUCGAUGAUUAUCCACCAGAUCCUGAGGGCCCACCACCAGACGAUAUGACAGGUUGGGACAAGGAUUUCUAAAUAACAUUUAAGUUAACAUUUAAGCCAAAGAAAAUGUGAAUCCAUGCAGGCAAUCUAGACACCCUUCUAAUAUAUGUAUAUCAGGGGACUCUCUAUAAAAGCAUAGAUUUAAAUGAAAAAGUUUUCUUU